AUGCUGAGACGAGGUUCUCCAACUCUUGAAAACGAUGAGCCGGCUUUGACCUCUCGUGGUACACCUCAGAAUUCGGUGUUGGACCAUCACACUGGAACUGCAGAUUCGUCAGCGUCUGGUUUUGCGAAUCAUCGCGAAACUCGAGAAAAAGGAUUUCAUGUUGAUAGUAGCAGAUAUGUAUUCGAGGACGUCUAUAACACCGGAGAACUGUUUCUUGGAAAAGGCGCCAAUAGAGGAGCCGGUGGUCGGAAUUCUCGUAAACACGAGUUUGGCCAUGAACGUCGAUCCAUCCGAGCAACUAACACCCUGAAUUGGGAGUUUGUAGUUGAAGGGAUGUGGAUAAUCAGUGAAUGUGAUAAUAUUCCUCGUCUACGCACCGGCAUCAAACAAUGA